CCUAAAACUUUCAUUCAAAGAAUCAUUUUCUUUGACAAAACGUCACACAAAAUCGGUUGAAAUAGAACACCAAAAAUCAUGCCGAACUUUAAUGGUGCCAUAAUUGUGCACACACUGCAGCUUCUGAAGCUACCGGCAACACUGCGGCAGAUUGUGAAUACCAUCUCGACGCACACCGAUCUGCCAGAAGAAGCUAUAAAGAAACCCGUGAAGCAGACCCUAGAAAUGGGCAAACGUUUGGGUUUCUUACAGAAAAUGGAUGGUCGUUAUUAUUUGGUACAGAUGACCUUUGAGUCGCUGAUGAGUGAAAUGCAAGCCCUGGAUAUGCCAGAAAAAGCCGAACCUAAGCUAAAGUCCAAAAAAUUUAAGAAGCCACUCAAAUCAGAGGGCAGCUCCUCUAAGAAACAACUCAAGCUCACAGAUAAAGUUAGAAAAGUGGCAGACGACUCUCAAACCUCGACCAUCACUAUGGUGCCUUCUGAGCUGAAAAUAAGCUCGGAACAUAAGGCUGUCAAGUAGUUAAACUAUCUAAAAGUAUGCCAAUUUGAAACCAUUU